UCGCUUUUCAGCGACGCACUCCGUUGGGAGAUAGGUUAGGUUGUACCUGUCUUGUACGUUCUCACAGGUAGUGCUGGGUUUUUAAUUCUGCCCGGGCCGGUAGCGGUGAGUGAAACCGUUAGUGUGAAAAAGCUGCGGUGGAGAGUGAUAAAGCCAUCAUAAAAAUGGGCAAGAAGAGCAGAGUAAAAACCCAGAAGUCGGGGAGUGGAGCUGCAGCUGCAGUCUCGCCAAAAGAAAUAAUGAAUCUGAUUACGGAGUUAUUGCAAAAGUGCAGUAACCCAAACUCCAUUCCUGGGAGAGAGUGGGAAGAGUACAUUCAAAUCCGGAAUCUUGUUGAAAAAAUUCGCAAAAAACAAAAAGGUUUAUCUGUUGUAUUUGAUGGGGAAAGAAAAGAUUAUUUACCUGAGCUAAUGGAAUGGGCCAGAGAGAACGGCGCAUCAGCAGAAGGGUUUCAAUUGGCAGAGUAUCCAGAAGAGGGAUUUGGACUGAAAGCUACAAGAGAAAUAAAAGCGGAAGAAUUAUUCCUUUGGGUUCCUAGGAAGAUGUUGAUGACUGUCGAGUCUGCUAAAAAUUCUGUAUUAGGACCUCUUUACACACAAGACAGAAUUUUACAAGCCAUGGGAAAUAUUACUUUGGCUUUUCACCUCCUGUGUGAGCGAGUGGAUCCCAAUUCUUUCUGGUUACCAUACAUCAAAACCCUCCCGAGCGAAUAUGAUACGCCUUUGUAUUUUGAAGAGAAUGAAAUACAAUAUCUUCAGUCAACCCAAGCCAUUCAUGAUGUCUUCAGCCAGUAUAAAAACACGGCGCGACAGUAUGCUUACUUCUACAAAGUUAUUCAGAACCAUCCCAGCGCCAACAAGCUGAAUCUGAAGGAGUCUUUCACUUUUGACGAUUACAGAUGGGCAGUUUCUUCUGUUAUGACUAGACAGAAUCAGAUCCCAACAGAAGAUGGGUCGCGGGUUACACUUGCUUUAAUCCCCCUGUGGGAUAUGUGUAAUCACACCAACGGACUGAUAACUACUGGAUACAAUUUAGAAGAUGACCGCUGCGAGUGUGUAGCAUUGCAGGACUUUAAGGAAGGAGAACAGAUUUACAUUUUUUAUGGCACCCGAUCAAAUGCUGAGUUUGUGAUCCAUAACGGCUUCUUCUUUGAAAAUAACUUGCAUGACCGAGUGAAAAUAAAGCUGGGCGUCAGUAAGAGCGACAGGCUGUAUGCCAUGAAGGCCGAAGUCCUAGCCCGGGCUGGCAUCCCAACGUCUAGUGUGUUUGCAAUACAUGUCACAGAACCUCCAAUUUCUGCACAACUUCUGGCUUUCUUGCGGGUGUUUUGUAUGACCGAAGAGGAACUUAAGGAACAUCUGAUAGGAGAUCAAGCAAUUGAUAAAAUUUUCACUCUUGGAAAUUCAGAAUUUCCUGUAAGCUGGGAAAACGAGAUAAAACUUUGGACAUUCCUUGAGACCAGAGCAUCUCUUCUGCUAAAAACGUAUAAAACUACUGUUGAGGAUGAUAAACUUCUGUUUGAGCAAGAGGACCUCACAUUUCAUUCAACAAUGGCUGUAAAACUACGACUUGUUGAAAAGGAGAUCUUGGAAAAGGCAGUCAGAAUUGCAUCCCAGAACAGAAAAAUGUACAACACAUUUUUGGAGAAAGGUGCGCCACUCCCAAAAUAUGAGGAAAGCAACUUAGCUUUGCUGGAAAACACAGUAGGAGAUUCCAAAUUCCCUCUCAUUAUAAAAAACGAAGAGGACAACGAACUAGACGGUGAACUUAAACAAAUUCAAGAAGCCAUUGCAAUCACUGAGAUAACUGAAAAUGGAUAUGUAAAUGGCAAAGACUCUCUCGUGACCAAAUCCGAAAUAGAGAAUACUCUUACAGAUGAAAACAGAAAAGGAAUAGAAAAUGCCAAAGAUAUUUCUUCAGAAAACACUGAUGAGGCAAAAGUACAAUCAUGAAAUGUUUGACUUUAGAAUAAGAUUAAACAAUCAGAAGUUUA